UUGCAAAUGGCGGGCGCCAAUGGUGAUAUUUCCUCUGUAGGGAGGAAGAUCGAGAAAUUGGUGAUAUCCGCGGAGGAAUCGGUAAAAAAUGAGAAUGAUGCAGAAAACGGAGAGAGGCUGGAGCCUCGUCUAUGGGGUUUCGAGACUAAAGAUCUGUACAAAAUUGCGAUGAAUUUCUACAAAGAGAAGGAGGGUAAAGCAGUUCAUUUGUCUUAUGAAGACAAACUGAAGUUGGUGGCUCUUACCCAGCAAGUAACACAUGGUAAAUGUACACCAGAGAAUGCACCACCUUUGGGUGUGUUAGAUGUUAUUGGAAGGGACAGGCGUUUAGCAUGGCAAAAUUUGGGAAGCAUAUCCAAGGAGCAGGCAAUGGAAGGAUUUAUACUUUUAUUAGAUAAACUAUGUCCCUUGUUCAGAACAGUUGUAGAAGCACAAAGAAGAGAUGUUGAAGAGAAGUUGAGGUUAAAGAAAGAAGAGGAAGCAAGGAAAUUGGAGGAAGAAAGGAAGUUAAAAGAGCUAGAUGAACAGAAACAAAAGGAAGCAGAAGCUAGAUUAAAGGAAGAGAUGCAGAGGAGACAAAUUCAAGAUGCUUUAAAUCAACAAACAUAUUAUCAAUUUAAAAUGUAUGCGGAGCAACAGUAUCCUGGGAAUCCAGAGCAACAAGGUGUUCUGAUAAGGCAACUACAAGAGCAACAUUAUCAUCAAUAUAUGCAACAGUUGAGACAAAAUCAGUUAGUCAUAGAUGAACAAACCACAGAAAUGAACAAUACCACAACAGAAAAUGUUGAAAUAGAAGAGCACAAAGAGACAAAUGAAACAGCUGCAUUAAAUGAAGAGGAUUCUGAUGAACCACAGGAUGAUUGUCCACCCAUAGCUCGUGCAGAGAUGUGGACUAGGAAAGAUGUGGAAGAAUUCAAGGAAACAAUCAGGAGGGAAGAUGGUGAUGCAGUUAUUAAAGUUGGACAUGGGGAAACAGUGACUGUUAGAGUGCCAACACAUGAAGAUGGCUCUUGUCUGUUUUGGGAAUUUGCAACAGAUGGUUAUGACAUUGGUUUUGGAGUAUAUUUUGAAUGGUCAAAACCAGAAACAAAUCAAGUGUCAGUACAUAUUAGUGAGUCUGAGGAUGAGGAUGAAGAGGAUGAUGAUUAUGAAACGAGAGAGGAUUUGGAAAGUGGAGUAACAAAUGCUCCAAUUCAGUCUGAUUACAAACCAUUGCCACCACAUAUAAGCGUGAUAGUACCUAUAUACAGGAGGGAUUCACAAGAAGAAAUCUAUGCAGGAAGUCAUAGAUACCCAGGACAGGGAGUGUAUCUUCUUAAGUUCGACAAUUCGUAUUCACUCUGGCGAAGUAAAACGCUUUAUUACCGAGUCUAUUACACACAAAAUGGUUACGUGAAAAAUUAACUUUAUAAAAAACAAAGCUACUGCCAUUCACUGACCGUACAAUCGUUGUGAACUAGCCCGACACAAUGGUCUGCCGAUAUUGCUAGUCCAACUAAACGAAGAGUCCUAUAUCUUAUUUCUGUUCAUAUAAAAAUGCCAAGUGUUUGCAAGAAAAAAAAUAUAUAUACUUAUUAUAGUUACGUAAAGACACUUUAUUGUUUAAUAUGGCAAGCGAAAAAUGGGCACAAGUAAAAGAAAAAAUGUUCCUAUCGUUCCCCUUCCCAUGAAUGUUUAUAAGAA